GCCGCAAUCGUAAAACACAAUCGAAGUAAUCGGGUUGAGUAAAUUCAAAUUGGCGCUGCGUUUCGUUUGCAGGUAAUUCGCGGGGAAAUUCUGCAAUUGAAAUAAGGAAGAGGAAUGUUCAAAUCUACAUAAGUGCAAAUGAAGGAGUUCUAAGUGAAAGUGUGAAAAAAGUGUGCAAUCAAUCAAGUGAAGGCAAUUAAUUACUUAAAUCGCCAUUUAGAUUGAUUUGCAAGCGCAAAAAUAUUAUAUUAAAGAAAAAGAAGAAAAACGCCUACAAUCCAACUACAUACAUAUUAGUAGCGUGGCGUGUUUAAGAGGAAGUAAGUGCAACGAAAAUUUAAUUUAUUUAGUGCAUACCAGUGUUUACGCUCCGGUGUUGUCCUUUCGCGCGUGCCGUUUGCGCUUUUGUGUUUGUGUUUUUUUGUUAUCCUUUUGUUGAACGUGUGUUCACUAUAUUCGUCCCGUUUUCGCAUGUAAUGGAACUUUCGUGUUUGUUCCACAUCCAAUCCAUCAUCUUUCCCCUAUUUCACUUGUUUAUUAUCGUGUGUGUGUCUUGUGCUCGUUUCAAUGUUUACCUGUCGCCAAGACCGCUUCAAUAGCGGUGUUUUAUUUCAUCGCCUUUUUAUGCUGAUUUCAACAUUUUGCAGUCGUAUUGCGAUGUCUCUUCGCCGCAUCGAUUCACUGAAACGUUUAAUAGAUCGCAUUCACAAUUGGGCCCACACGCCACAGCCCAACCAGAGCAAUGCCAAAAACAACAGCAACAAUGAAAAUGGCUGUGAACAUAGCAAUAUCAGUGGUAAUAGCACAACCCGACCGCCUGAGGGUGAAAAGCAUGGAGUUGCAACUGUAACAGCGACGGCGACAGCGAGAGCGCAUUCACCAGAUAGUUGCGCUAAUAAUGGCAAAAACAACAAUGAAGGCAACGAAGAACACUUGGCCGAAGUGCUGGUUUUGCCAGUGAAUGACACAAAAACUAUUGCAACAACAACAACAACAAUGAUUGAAGCACCAACUGUGGAGGCGGCUGCGAAAACAAGCGCGCGCACAGCUGAUAUUGAAAGAGGCAACGCUUGUGUGGUUGGUGGCAGAAACAGCUGUGGCAAGGCAAGUUUGACAAAUGAGGCCAAUACACCGGCGCGCAGAGGUAGCGCAACAGCACCCAUUGCGCGUGAAGAAGAAGACGCCGAAGAAGUAUGGACGUCGGAGAGUGAGGAUGGUAAAGAUGUGGAGUUGGCCGGAAAGCAAGCAGUGGCGCAAAAUUGCUGUUUAGUGAAUGAGAUCGAGAAGAGUGGUGGCCAAUUUGAUACAAAUUCGUACAUAAAUUCAAAUAAAAUGCCAGCAGUCAGUGCCACGCUGGCGGUGACUGUCACACUUACAUCGACUACGGUGACAGAGGCGGGCACGGCUGAGAAAUCGGUGCAGCGCAGCAAAUCGCGAGUGCGCACUUAUUUGAAAAAGUGCAGAGAUCGGCUGACGGGUCAGCAUCAACACAGCGCGGGCACAGCAGCACACUCGAUGAUGAGCGAGCCAAAUGGCACGCAGGGCAUUCAAGCAACAGCAAACACCGCUAUGCAUUUGAAAGAUGAAAAGUCCGAAGCAACGGCGGUCGCAGAAGUGUUAAAAGCUGCGCCCAAACGAAAUUCCAGCCAACGCCAUGCUCUAGAGGAAGAUGAAGGGGAGGGGGAGAAGGAGAAGGAGGAGGAGAAGGAACCGCCAUGUACUUGUGCAUUAAUUGCCACAAUUGAGUGGCAGGACGAUGAGUUAGCGCGCACACUAUUACCAUUGAGUGAGGAAUCAGAAGAGGAGCGCACCGCGGCCGAGGAGGCUGAAGCAGAAGAAGAAGCGCACUCCACUAGCGAGCUAACGGAGCUGGUUUACGAGGAUAUUGACUUUAGCCUGACGUCAGUGUUGAUGGACAGCAGCAGUUCGAAUGUCAGUGUCGACCAGCACCAAUCGACACCAUUGACCUCUGUACAUAGCCGAGACGCCCUAACAUUGAGUGCUGCUGCUGCUGCUGACGUUGAUGACUCUGGCGAUUCGGCUGUCGAAGGCGAGACAAGGCGACGGCAAAUCAUAGAGGAAAAAGAAAAAGACGAAUCUUGCCAGCAACAACAACGUCAAAUGCUUAUGCCCAACUACAACAGCUGUCCGCCACUUGUCAAGGAGGCACAAUUGGCGCACGCCACACGAAUGGACUCUGGCACCGCUGAACUCAUAGAUAAACACCUCGCCGCUAUUUAUCCUGUCUAUAUGGCGUGCACGCGUGCAAUUCUAAUUCGUCAGGCACGUGAUUUGCUCGUGAGUUCCUAUUCUGCUUGCCUGCAGUCGUUCGAAAUGAAAUUCUUAUGCAAAUUUGCUGAAAUUGCUGCAGAUUUGAGCCAAAGGCACGCCAUCGGUGAGAAUGUUCUGUGGCGCAAAGGAUGGCCACUUACCACUCCAACUGGCGAAGUUAUCUUACACUUGGGUUCACUUGAUAAUGCCUUAGUGCGUCCAGGCGAUCUAUACUUGUGUGUUAAAAGUGCUAAUAAAACGGAAACACCACAACUGUUUGCAGUUUGGCGUAGUGCCCCAAGCGACAUAGUACAACUACAACAAAAACAGCAACCGCUACAUGCAAGUGCAACAGGAACUUUAACUGCCACGGAAGCUGCAGACGCAUCAAAAAUACACAGUUAUUGCAUUGACUUUGGCGCAACACCAGCGCCAACAGCAACAACCCCACCAACACAUCUGAGCGCAUUAACACUCGAAAUGUUGACGAGUGACGAAUUACCGCAAUUGCUGCAACAUUUGCUUGUGGGCGUUGAGCAUAGCAUCGAGCGGGUCUCGUUGAAUGAGCUGCAAAUGACCGCCACGGCGACGACGACGACGACGACGGCAACAACAGCAAUGCCGCUGGCGACUGAUGUGGCCAACAACAAUAAUAAUGGCAACAAAAUCAAUAUCAACAGCACGUUAGUGCGCUGCAGCAACAGCAACAACAGCAACAACAACAACAACAACACGAUUACAAACUCACCAAAAUGCGCACUACGACGCAGCGAAUUGAUUACCAAAAACAAAGUGCUUAACAAUAAAUUCAUGUUGCGACGCCUAACAAAUCGCCAGGAUAGCAUGAAUUCCACAUCGUCCGGACAGAGUUGUGGCAGUAGCGGAAGCACCUCCAGCGAUGAGCUAUUGCGUUGCAACACCAACAGCAGCAGCACCAUCACCACCACCAACCAUAACAGCAAUCACCAAAGCGCGGGCGGUUCGGGCAAUGGGAUGUUGGUGAGUGGCAAUAAUGGCUGCUCCUCGUUGGAACCAUUGAAAAUGUCUGCGGGCUCAACAAAUUCGGCAAGCACUUCACCAGCAUUGCCGCUCUUCUGUUUGGGUAAUUCAUUUCCGCACAUCGAUAGCGAUGAGGAGAAUGCGGAUGAGAAGCGCAGCGCGAACGGAGAGGAUCAAUUCGAAUGCGAAAUUGUGCCGCCUGCUUCGAUCGGCGAAAUCCCUGAGAAGCUCUUAACCACAUCGGGUAUUUAUCUGCCAGGUACCAGUGAUCUAAAAGGCCAUCCGAUUGUAACUGUCGAUGCGGAAUGUGUACUUGCAGCCGGUCUGAAUUGUUACGAAAUUGCAACGGUGCUGCUCUACUACAGCACGAUACCUGAGAGAAUUUCAACUGUGAAUGCUAAUGACCGUACCACACUCCAUCAACAACAGCAACCUUCAAUGCAACUGCAACAGCCACAACAGAACCACCAACAUCAGUCACAGCAACCGCAACAAUCGUCCAUCAGCCGUCUAUCGACACCGCAAACGGUCAAAGAGGUAGCGACGUCAGCCGCACAGCCAGCUGCUGCUGGCACAACUACAACUACAACUACAACUAUGCCAGUCACCUCAAAUGUCACAACAGCCACAGCCGUUAAAUCACCCGCCCAUGCGAAUGCUACCACUAUAGACAACACCAACACCAACACCAACACUGACAGCUACAGUGGCAGCAAUGCUGCAACACCAACAUUCACCAUUCUAAUUGCCAUCGAAAAGCCAAGCCAAAUGUGCGUAAUCGACUUAAUUUACCAAAGUCUGCGUCUCCUGACAAGGCAAAUUGCGUAUUGCGAAAUUCUUGCCGUUUGCCUCGAACGCAACUUAUUACAACAACAACAGCAAUUGCAGCAGCAACCAAAUGCCACAGCACUCAACAACAAUGUAGCUGUCAGCAUGGUUGGCAAUGGUGAGAACAACAACGAAAGUUGCAUUAAGGAACAGCAACCGCAAUCAGUACAAAAACAACAACACCAACAGCCGCAACAACACCCGUUGAAAUUCAUUAGCGUCAAUGAAGUCACGACAAGUGUUGCACCUUCGCAAAUACCGUACGGCAAAUUGCAAGGUUUGCAUCAUCACGACGCGCGGAAGUGGCGCGAAUUCUUCGUCGCACUCGAACCCUUUCAACGGCAAUGCGCAACGGCGGGCCAACGGCUAGUGGCCGCCAUGAGUGACAUACGCUCCGCCGACCUGCAAGGGUUGCCCACACGACGUCAAUUGUACGCGCAACAUCGGGCGUUGAGUCGCGCGCUCAUGGAUUCUGAAUUGCAUAAUUUGCGCAAGCGCGGUGCAUUGCAAUUGGCACGGCUGCAGGAGCUGGCCAAAUGUUUUGCUGCAACAUCAACGCCACCGCCGUCGACCGCAAUGACAACUAACUGUGGUGAAAAUAGUCAUAAUCAUAAUGGCAGCAUCAACUCGAAUGGCAACAGUAGCCACAACAACAACAACAGCAACCGCUAUUACUACAGUAGCAGCAGCAGUAAUGGCUGCAACAACAAUCGACACAGCGGCAGCGGCAACAAACUGUUGUCGACCAUUUCAUCCAUCAGCCACCUGGGAUUUGGUGGCAGUUAUAGCUUUAGCAUGUCGCAACAACAACAACAACAACACUCACAACAGCAGCAGCAACAACAACAACACAGCCAAAUUAGCCAGUCACAAAAUCGCCCCGCUGUGUCAAAGUACAGCACAAUGACGUCAUAUGAUGGCAUUAACAACAAUAGUUCAGCAACAGUAGCAGCAGCCAUCGUCACAACGGUAGCUAAUAAUGCAGUAGGAGGAGUAAGAGCAGCAGCAGCAGUAGCAGCAGCAGGAGAUUGCACCAGCAGUAGCUGCAGCGUCGGCAACAUGGAUGUUGCAAUUAGACUACACAAGGUGACAUUACUAUUCAAUGAGGUCGAUCACGCGGCCAAGCGUCUGGAGCAGCUCACGGAGCAACGUCGUGAGCGAUUGCGUGAGUUGACGCGUCAGCGCGCGCUGGAGGAUGAAAUAAACGAGGAUGCCGCAGUCAACGUGGAGGCGCUGCAUGACAGCGCCGUCAAUCUGAAAUCAGCGCUCGACUGCUUCGCCGAAAAACUAGAGUCGGCGCGCGAACGCAUAGAGGCUGCAUCACGGCUGCAACACCUGCUGACGGUACACAAUCUCGAACCACAUGUGCAGCAGGAGAUGCAGCGACUGGCCGAAGUGACUGGUGCUACGCUGCUGCUAGAAAAGUACCGCCUACAGCAACAGCAACAAUUGGGGCAAGAAGAAAACAGCAACAUUGAGCAGUCAGCGACAGAGACAACUGAAAAUAUCAGCCGCCAAGUUGUGUGCAGUGAUGCGCCAACCAACAACAACAAACCAAAUAGUCUCAACCUCAGCAAUAGUCGCCACAGCAGCAAUUUGAGCAAACAGCAGCAGUUGCAGCAGCAACUACAACACGUGGCCGUCAUCACUAGCACACCAGUGCCGCGCAUGAAUCGUUUGAGUCAUCGCUCCAGUUCGGGUAUUGGUUCUUUCGAUGGGCAGACGUGUCAGUGUUGGCGCGAAAGUCGCAAUAUGGAGGGUAUGGAUGAAAUGCUGGAUGUGGAUGGUGAAGAGUUGGAGCUGGAGGAUGGCGAGGAGGAGCAAUCGAAAAUUGCCGACUCUGGUGUGGGCGGCUGCGAACGCUGCGAAGGAAAUCCCAAAUUGACGCGGGUAUGCUCAUGUCAGAGUCUCAAUGAGGCGGCAAAUUUGUAUGGCAAGAGCCACAACAGCGAUGAAUUGGACUUUGAAUGCUACGAACGACCCGUUAAGCGUUACAAUGAUAUACAUUCGCCCAUGGAGGCAAAUGCACACCUACAAUACCACGCCUCGAGUUUGGAAUUGUCGAAGCUGGAAGAACUGAGUUGUUUGGAUCCGAAAAUACAAAAAACGCUUCUAUUGAUCAUGCGUGAAAUGAUUGGCACUGAACGCGACUAUGUACACUCGUUAAAUUAUGUUAUUGAAAAUUAUGUUGACGAGUUGUUGCGCGAAGACAUACCACAGCCGUUACGCGGCCAACGUAAUGUCAUUUUCGGCAACAUUGAGAAGAUCUUCGAAUUCCACAAAUGGCAUUUUCUCAACGAACUGGAACGUUACGAACGUAAUCCGUUGAAGAUUGGCAGCGCCUUCUUAGAAAUGGAAUCGAAAUUUUACUUGUAUGCGCUUUAUAAUAAAAAUAAACCGAAAAGUGAUACGCUGAUGAGCGAAUAUGGCACCGCAUUUUUUAAGUCUAAACAAUUCGAAUUGAAUGACAAAAUGGACUUGGCCUCAUAUUUGCUGAAACCUGUGCAGCGUAUGGGAAAAUAUGCUUUGCUUUUGCAACAGUUGGUGAAAGCGUGUAAUGCUGUUGAGGGCGCUGCUCUCCAAGAAAUCGCCGCCGAUGUCGAGGAAUUGCAACGCGCUGAAGAGAUGGUCAAAUUUCAGCUGCGACACGGCAACGAUUUAUUGGCUAUGGAUUCGCUACGGGAUUGCGAUGUAAAUGUGAAGGAGCAAGGUCGCCUUCUGAGACAAAACGAAUUUUUGGUAUGGCAGGGCCGUGGUGGUAAAAAAUCGCUGCGACAAAUAUUUCUCUUCGAAGAUCUGGUGCUGUUCAGUAAGGCACGUCGGUUUCCAGAUCAGAAGAACCUGGACAUAUAUAUCUAUAAGAACAGCAUUAAGACAUCGGAUAUUGGCUUGACGGCGCAUGUUGGUGAUUCGAAAACAAAAUUUGAGAUUUGGUUCCGCAAACGAAAGCCAGACGACACUUGGACAAUGCAAUGUAUGUCGGAGGAUAUUAAAAAUGCUUGGACCGAGGAAAUAUCGAAGUUAUUAUGGAAACAAGCGAAUCGAAAUCGAGAAAUUCGCCUAGCCGAAAUGUCUUCGAUGGGUAUUGGCAGUAAACCCUGCCUGGACAUACGACCGAGCAAUAAUCAAAUCAAUGAUCGCUCCAUAACGAUAUCACAACUGGGCAAAGCACCCAAGCUGCGACACUCCUUCGCCGGUUUGCAUUUGGAUGGCACAAAGAACGCACGUCGUCCCAAUUCGCUCAUCUCUGAGAGUUCGCUGUCAAGUGGCACAAGCAGUUCCUCGCUCAGCACUGGCAGUUCCUCAGGCCAUGAGCGUGUAGACAGCACCAGCAGCAGCGGUGGCGGCGGCGGCGGCGGCUGUCAUGGCAAGUCAGCAGCUGGCACGAUAAGCAGUCAUCAUGCGCUCGAACUAAUCAAUGAGACGCAAACAUUAAUGCUAAGUGGUGGUGGUGGCGGCAACGUAGCUGCGGCCACAUCAAAUGGUGGCAGUGGCGCGAAUACAAAUACGCUGAGUAGUAGCGGCAGUAGUGGACGUAGUGGGCGCAGUGGUCAUAGUGGUCGCGGCGGCAGUGGAGUAAAUGGAGGUGGCUUAAAUGGCGGCGCGAACAACGGCACUACGACGCGUUCGAAACGCUCGACAACGCUUGUCAGUCAACUAUCGAUGGAGAGCGGCAUUCUAUCCGACAUCUCAAUGACGCCGGAUCAGGAGCAUUCGGACGCGACAUGUAGCUGGUUAAAUGCCAAUACUGUGGCGGCAUCAGCGAGCCUAACAAUUGCCACCAACUUGUCAUCACCGACAGCCACUAGCACAACAGCCACAAUUGGCAGCGGCGGCGGCGGCGGCGGCGCCAAUAGUACCACCGUAAUUAUGCGCCGUCAACGUUUACAUCACUCGAAACAACAACAGCAAGAAAAACAUGAAAAACACAAAGAACUACAACACCAACAAUCAGCACCGGCAGCCUUGCAGGAACGCAGCAGCAUUGGUGGUCAAUGCAAUCCAUACCUGCGUGAAUUCAAAGCGGAUAGCGUAAAUCUAUAGGAACUCGGCAGAUUUCUGCACCGGAAAUGAAUUAUGAAGAGCAGCACAUAGUACCGUUUAAAGGAUGAAGCAAAAAAGUAGUUAUAAUUUUUGAAAAAAUUUACAAGAUAAGAAAAAAAUAUUUUAUAAUUAAUUUAAAUUAAAGCAAAAAAAAGUAGAAAAUUACGAUAUUUAAAUGCUAAGCGUUUUUUUAAUGUAUGUAUGUAUGUGUGUCCAACAGUUACUAAAACUAAAAAAUAAAAUGCACACAUGCAUAUGUACA